AUGGAGGAGGCAAGGCCGUCGUCGACUUUCCCCGACUGGGAUGGUCUUCCAAACGAUCUCUUGAGGAGCAUCGGCGAGCUCCUGGACGUGCCCUGCUGCAUAUGGUUCCGCGGCGUGUGCCGGUCCUGGCGCGCGGCUCUCCCCGCGAUGCAGCCGCCGUGGCUGGUGAUUCCCGACGGCGGGUACCCCACCUGGAUGGACUACUUCACAUUUGUCGCCCUCCCGACGCGCAGCUGCGCCCGCUGGGCACUUCCGGGUUCGCGCUGCGUCGGCUCCAGCGCGGGCUGGCUCGCCCUCCUCGACCCUAAGAUGAGCGUCACGCUGCUGAACCCCCUGACGCACGCGCAGGUCCGCCUUCCGCCGCUCCGGCGAGACCAAUUCCUCUAUCCUAGUCCCUUCGGCAUCAACUCCGACGGCUCAGCGAAAUACUUCUACGCGGGUGCACCGUUGUCAGAAAGGCCCGCUUGCAGCGUGCAGGAUAAGUUGAUCCAGAAGGCGGCCUUCUCCGCCAACCCCAACGCCCAGGACCACGCGGUUGCCGUCCUUUGCCGAUACGGCCUUGGCCUCGCGUUCACCAAAGCCGGCCAAAACCACUGGCAGUGGCUGGACUGGCCUGACGCUGCGGGCCGCCACAGACGGGUCGGCGGCGAGCUCUAUGGCGCCAGCAAUACAGACCUUGACAUCGUGUACCACGACGGCAAGUUUUACUACAUGACACUGUGCGGGCAGAUAUGGACCCUCGAUGCCGCCGCGCCUUCCCCCGUCACGCCUGUGCCGUUCGUCAAGUGCCGCCCUCAGCUUGGUCCCGACCAUCGCCGCUAUGGGAAGCAUAUGGUGUUCACCCAAGACGGCAUGUUGCACGUGGUGUGGAGCGACGGCCCCGGUCUACCUUUCGAUACUCGAACCCGGCCCAUGCGAAUGCAUGUUCAGAGCUACCAUCCAGGAAGCUCGCGGACCCGACGCUGGAGGAAGGCGCGGCACUUGAGUGGCCGAGCCUUCCUCAUCGGCAGCCGCAGCCACUCGCUGGCGGUGCCGGCCUCUGUGGCGUCUGCACCAUCGACGUGGAUAAGGCCGAACUGCGUCUACUUCACCUGUAUCAUGCCAGGUUCCGACUAUAUCAGCGGAGAGUCUGUGGAGUGGCUGCCUCCAGAAAUUUGGGAGUUCGACGUGAAGACCGGUGUCUUCCGGGAGUGCGACAGACGAGACAUUCCAAAUUCAGAUUGGCUCGAGUGGCCAAAAGCUAUCUGGUUUACGCCAUCCUUGCUGUGA